CGCCCGGCUGAGGAGGUGAAAGUUUCUCCCCAGGAAGAUAAACCGCAAAAGACAAUAUUGUGCAUGAUUUCAUCACAGAGAGAGAGAGAAAAAAAUAAUAAUAAUAAAACAAGAGAAAGAAGAAAUCUCCCCGAAUUAGAACAACAUUCCCAUGCACGAUCCUCCAGCUACAAUCGCUGCUGCAGCCCCGGUGCACGAACAACUCGAGUUUUCGCUCCAUCGCUGAGAUUCCAUCGAUGUAAAAGCAGCGCGAUCACGAUCGAUCUCCUCCUGCGCGCACGGUCUCGUUGUUGGACGAUCGGCUGAAGAAGAAGAAGAAGCAGAAGAAGAAGAAGAAGAAGCAGAAGCAAUGCUGCUGGACGCAGGACCUCAGUACCCGGCCAUAGGAGUCACUACCUUCGGCUCUUCCAGGCAUCACCACUCCACGGGCGACGUGACGGAUCGAGAAGUGGGUCUGGGCAUCAACCCUUUUGCAGAUGGAAUGGGCGCCUUCAAGAUUAACCCCAGCAGCCACGAUCUCGCCUCUGGUCAGACUGCAUUCACAUCCCAGGCUCCGGGCUACGCUGCGGCAGCGGCUUUGGGGCAUCACCACCACCCCGGACAUGUCAGCUCGUAUUCCAGCGCAGCCUUCAACUCCACCCGGGACUUUCUAUUCCGUAACCGGGGGUUCGGUGAAGCUGCCAGUGCCCAGCACAGCCUGUUCGCCUCCGCUGCGGGGGGCUUUGGUGGACCCCACGGCCACACUGAUGCUGCGGGACACUUGAUCUUUCCAGGACUACACGAUCAGACCGCCAGCCAUGGCUCCCCCAAUGUGGUGAACGGGCAGAUGAGGCUGGGCUUUUCUGGAGACAUGUAUGGGAGACCAGACCAGUAUGGACAGGUGACCAGUCCCAGAUCUGAGCACUAUGCAUCCACCCAACUUCAUGGUUACGGCCCUAUGAACAUGAAUAUGGCUGCCCACCAUGGGGCAGGGGCCUUCUUCCGUUACAUGAGGCAGCCCAUCAAGCAAGAACUGAUUUGCAAAUGGAUUGAACCAGAACAGUUGUCAAACCCCAAAAAGUCCUGUAACAAAACUUUCAGCACCAUGCACGAGCUGGUCACCCAUGUCACGGUGGAGCACGUUGGAGGACCCGAGCAGUCCAAUCAUAUAUGUUUUUGGGAAGAGUGUGCCAGAGAAGGGAAGCCCUUUAAAGCCAAAUACAAACUGGUCAACCACAUCAGAGUCCACACAGGUGAAAAGCCCUUCCCCUGCCCCUUCCCUGGAUGCGGGAAAGUCUUUGCCAGGUCAGAGAACCUAAAAAUCCACAAGAGAACUCAUACAGGAGAGAAACCCUUUAAGUGUGAGUUUGAAGGCUGUGACAGACGAUUUGCAAAUAGCAGUGACCGUAAAAAACACAUGCACGUCCAUACUUCAGACAAGCCUUAUCUGUGUAAGAUGUGUGACAAGUCCUACACCCACCCAAGCUCCCUCAGAAAACACAUGAAGGUCCACGAAUCCUCUUCCCAGGGGUCCCAGCCUUCCCCAGCAGCCAGCUCAGGCUAUGAAUCUUCAACGCCCCCAACAAUUGUGUCUCCUACUUCAGAAAACCAGAGCACAAGUUCCUUAUCCCCUUCCUCCUCAGCAGUCCAUCACACGUCCAGUCACAGCACGCUCUCAUCAAAUUUUAACGAAUGGUACGUUUAAAUAAACACAUAUUUAACAAAAAAGACUUCCACAUUAAUGAUGAACACUUCCAGUCUAAUCCUAAAGCUGCCACAUAGACCCAGGAUGGAAUAACAAUGAAGAAUGAGACCUUGUAUUGCAAUGUCUACAGGCUUUGGUAGAACAAAAUAUAAGGGGAUUGUAGGAUGCAUGAGAAGAGUUCCCAGGCCAAAAAGCCAACUGUGUAGGGUUUAAUGAACCACUAUUAGAGGUCUCAAUCUGCAUGUCUCUUCUGGCGGCCUUUUUUUUGUUUUUGUUUUUUUGUUUAUUUUGUUGUAAAUACAGAAUUAUUAGUUGAAGAAGAAAUGUACUGUUGAUUUUGUAAAUAGUUGUAUAACAAGGGAUAUGUGGAAUUGUGAUCACUGCAUCUAUGUGUGUUGGGGAUGGGGGAAGGAAAUGUGUACCAAAAUGUGAACUCCAUUGUAUUCUGAUGACAGUCUAAAAAAAAAGAAAAGAAAAAACAAACAAAAAAAAAAAAGCCUCCAUCUAACAGACUCUUUACUGGUUUCAGUGUGCUUCUCUGUAUAAAGUGCAAGCUCUUCGUCCCAAAGUCCAGUCCGGUUUAUUUAGUGCAGUGAUAUGUUGUUCUUACUACACGUCAUGUCAAUGAAUUCGUUCAGUGCAAAGCCUGGAACUUUACGUGUUACAAUCUGUUACAUUUUUUUUUGUUUAUGUAAAGUGAUAUUAAAAGAUAAAAAAAACAAACAAAAA